AUGGCGACCGGGCCGCUGAUUGUGCAGGCGUUGAAGGACCUAUGCAUCCGCGCCGUCAGCAGCAACUUCGAGCACAGCCCAACCUUUGGAAAGCUCCCUGAUGCGUCAUGCAAGCGGGUUGUGGAUGGUCUGGCCCUUGAUCUACCACUGGAGCUGGUCGGGACGCUGAUUGCUGAUGAGGAUUACUGGCAGCGGCGCGCGACUGCGCGGUGGCGCAACUGCGACACGGCCGUGCACGGGCGCUCAUGGAAGCAGCUUUACUUCGAGCGAAACCUGCAGGAGGCGCUGGAGCAGUUUGACCAGGGGACUGGCGACCUGCUGGCGCUGCGGCGGCUGAUGACGUACUCGCGCCGCUUUGCACGCAACAUCCGCGUGCGGCAGCUGCCGUCGCGGUUGGACCCGCAGGUCUUCUUUGACGCCAUGGUCAACGCCCCAGCAUCGCUGUGCCUGGCGUACGGGUCGAAAGGGGUGGGCCUGGACUACGACCGGUCCCUUUUUGGCAUGCAGCUGGGCGACUGCCGCUGCCUGGCGCGCGCGCUGGCGCAGACAGAGGCGCUGGUGCACCUGGACCUGUCAAACAACUCGCUCGACGACGACAAGACGCUCAUGCUGGCCAGCGGGCUGGCCAACAACAUCAGCGUAGUGCACCUCGACCUCAGCCACAACAAGGCGCGCGGGCGGCCGGCGAGGCCUGCUGCUGCAGCUAUCGCCGACCGCGGCGCCCGCGCGCUCGCGCGCGUGCUCGACGCGUCCUGCCCCCUGGCCGUCCUCGACAUGUCGGACAACCAGCUGCUCUCUGAGUCAGGGCGGGCCCUGGGGCGCGCCCUUCGGGCCAGCAGGGGGCUGGUGAGCCUCGACCUGCGGCUGAACCGGCUGGGGGACGACGGAUGCAAGGCGCUGCUAGACGCGCUGCGCAGCGGCAGCAGCAGCGGCGGCGGCGGCGGCUGCGCGCCGCUGGAGCGGCUGGGGCUGGCCGCGAACGGCGCGGGCCCCGCGGCCGGCGCGGCGCUCGCCGCCGCGCUGCGGUGCAGCCGGACGCUGUCGCAGGUGGACGCGUCGGGCAACGCGCUCGGCGCGGCGGCGGGCGCGCCGCUGGCCGCGGCGGUGCGGGAGAGCGCGGCGCUGGUGGCGCUCGACGUGCGGCGCUGCGGGAUCGGGGGGGAUCACGAGGAGGCGAUCACCGAGGAACUGCUGGCGCGCGCGGAGCGCAGGGCGAGGGCAGGGCCAGGCGGCGGCGCGCUGGGGGCCAGUGGCGGGCUGUAG